CGAUAACGAACGCUUAGAAUACGACCGCAAAUGGCGCUGCCGUCGUGAUCGCUUCUGAUUGGUUGAUAGAAGAAGCGGGUUUGGGAGUGAAGAUCAUCUGGUGGAUGGCGAUGGUCAAGUGGAAAAUUAUUACAGAGUAAGAAAAAGAAGGAAGAAAAAAAAUCAUCGGUUUUAAACUUAAAUAUCUAACGAAGGACAAAUCAAAGUAUAAAACAAUGAGCCACGCGAGAUACGAAGUGCCGCCCGAAUUGACCAAUUUGCUUUUGGAUUUUACCGUUAACGUUCUGUUGGAAAGGCCGAGCGACAUAUUAGAAUACGCCGCCAAUUAUUUCAAUCAACUACGAGAAGAAAGAUUAAGUCGUUCUUUAGUUCCUUCCGUCAGCGACAGCGAAGAUUACGACGACGAACCCAUGCCAGGAAUGCUGGAAUGUUUCACAGUGAAGCCAGCUAUGGGAGAACCGGCGGUUGAUUGCGGCGGGUAUACGCGAAUUCGUCGUAAUUCAGCUGCAAAUUUACAAGCUCAGUUUGAUUUAUUCGGUUUCGAAUUAUCACCAACGUUCGAAGAACCUCCAGUAUUCACAAGAAGAAAAUCAGUAUUUGCUGAACAGUAUAAUCCAGAAGAUGACGAUGAUGAUGAUAUUGAAGAACAGAUGCAAGAAGUUUUAGAUGCUAUGUUUGAAAGAAAGGUGCAACCAGGAGAUAUUGUUAUUAAGCAAGGUGAUGAUGGAGAUAAUUUCUACAUAAUUCAGCAUGGUCUUUACCAUGUAUUUGUUUCUACUGAUAAAGAUGAAAAAGGAAAUAUGGUAGGAAAAUAUGAAGAUUCUGGAAGUUUUGGCGAAUUAGCAUUGAUGUACAACAUGCCUCGUGCUGCCACUGUAGAAGCAGUUACUAAUGGAUCUCUCUGGGCUAUGAAUAGACAAACAUUUCGUCGUAUUGUUUUAAAAAAUGCUUUUAAAAAACGAAAAGAAUAUGAGCAACUUUUGGAAAGUGUACCAAUGUUAAAAUCCUUAGAGCCUUACGAAAGAAUGAAUUUAUGUGAUGCUUUAAUGCCAAAGCAGUAUACAAAUGGUGAAUUAAUCAUAAGACAGGAUCAUGAGUACAGUUCUUGUGGUGAUAAAGCAGAUGGUAUGUAUUUUAUUGAAGAAGGAACUGUUAGAGUUACAAUGGUAACAAGUGAAGGUCCAGAGAGAGGCAAGCAAGUUGAAAUGUCUCGAUUAAAGAAGGGAGAAUAUUUUGGUGAAUUAGCUUUAGUCACCCAAAAACCUCGUGCUGCUUCUGUUUAUGCCAUAGGAAAUGUUAAACUUGCAUUUUUAGAUGUCCAUGCUUUUGAAAGAUUAUUAGGACCGUGCAUGGAUAUCAUGAGACGCAACAUAGAAGAUUACGAAAAGCAAAUCGUCGACAUUUUUGGCUCUAAAGCAAACGUCCCUACCUUGCGAUGAUGGUUUUUCUGAGUUUUCAUCCAUAUUGUCACACUGUUUUUAUUUCUUUAUUGUCUUCCUUCCAGAACAUUCCCCAAUGAUGGUGGAGUUAUAAUAAAUGUAGGAGUCUACCUUCAGUUGUUGUUAAAAAUAUGAACAAAACUUCAAAUUAUUCUUUUAUGAAGUUUCUAGUCUGCCAUUAGCAAUGUUUGGAAGACACAUUAUAAUAACAACAGAAUCUUUGAGAAAACGAAUGUAAUAUAUGCCUGAAUCAAAAUGGACUUUUAUAUAAAAGAAAAAAAAAUUAUAAGUUUUGUUUCAGAAAAAUAUCUAAGAUAUUUUUUUGUACUUAAAAAGAAAGUAAAUUUUGCAAAAUCAUAUAUUUUACAUCCAAACUCAGAUAGUUCAAUUAGAAAUACUCAAAUAAAAGGACAUAGGCCUAGCUGAAUUGUUAAACAGUAAAGUUAGUGAAAGAAGUAAUUUAAUUCUAUUGUAAAUGUACCAAUUCAAUUCUUUUUUCACAUUUUUAAUUUUAAUAAUAUCUCAAAUUGUGUUUAGUUUGACAUUAAAAAGUCUUAUGUCCACAAUCUUCCAAAAUUUCUCCAAAAUUCUGAUCUUUCUGCAUCAUUCUUAUGAAUUAGUUUUAUGUAUAUAUGUAUAUGUAAAUCCUUUUAAAAAUCCCACUUUAAAAGAAUGUUGUGGAUAAAUAUUGAGUAAAUAUUUGAAACUGUAGCAAAAUUUUCGUUUGGAAAUUGUUUAGUGUGAGUCAGAUGUAGAAUAUUAUUCAGUUUUAAAAUAAAGUUCAUUUCCCAUUAUUAUUAUUAUUAUUUAUUACAUUGCUUUUUAUCUCUAAUUAUUAUUUUUAAUUAUGCUGCAAGAUAAUAUUGCUAAUAAAAUAACUAUUUUAUGGUGAUUCUGAACUAAUACUGUCAAUGGAAAGAAUCGAUUUGAAUAUUAACCAGCCUUUGAUCACCUAGUUGUGGCAAAUGACUUCUGGUUUCUUCCUCAUUUGUUAAAAUGUCACCACCAUUAAAACUAGUGUUACAGAAGCUUCGCAUCAUGGUAUUGGAAUAUGAGGAAGUUUGCUGUAGUAGUUGUUAAAUGAAUGAUUUUAUACAGUUAAUGCAUGCUAUAAAAAUUUAACAUACAUAACAGAAAAGUUCUUCUGCCAUCCAGUGAAAG